AUGUCUCUGCUGUCGGAGCGGCAGAAGGAGGAACUUCAGAAGUCUAUCCUCGAGUACCUUCAUGCAAACAACUUUGACGAUGCGUUCAACGCCCUCAAGGCAGACGCGGGGAUCGACUACACCCCCGACCCGAAGGCGAAGUAUGCGGGCCUGCUAGAGAAGAAGUGGACGAGUGUGAUACGGUUGCAGAAGAAGAUUAUGGACCUCGAGAACCGAAACUCCGCGCUGCAAGAGGAACUCUCACUAUCACCCGCGAAACGCGCCGCUCUCCAAACGGACUGGGUACCUAGGGCACCAGCGGCAUACACACUGAAAGGACACCGCGGCCAAGUGCUGAAAGUCGCCUUCCACCCCACAUUCAACCUCAUUGCAUCCGCGAGCGAAGACGCGACCGUGAAGAUCUGGGACUGGGAGACGGGAGAGUUCGAGCGGACGCUCAAGGGCCACACACGACCCGUAAACGACGUGGCUUUCGACAGCAAGGGCAACCUGCUAGUGACUUGCUCGUCCGACCUGUUCAUCAAAAUUUGGGAUGUGCAGAACGAAUGGAGAAACACGAAGACGUUCCCCGGACACGAGCAUACAAUCUCAUCCGUGCGGUUCAUGCCCGGAGAUCUACAAAUCGUCAGCGCUAGCAGAGACCAGACGAUCCGGAUAUUCGACGUCGCUUCUACGCAUCUGGUACGAACAAUCAGCGGUCAUACAGACUGGGUGCGGUGCGUCGAGCCUUCAGACGACGGCCGGUUGAUCGUAAGCUGCUCGAACGACCAGACCGCGCGCAUAUUCGAUCCCUUGUCAGGAGAGUCGAAAAUGGAGCUGCGGGGUCACGAGCACACAAUCGAAGUAGUGGUGUUUGCGCCCGUAGCAGCCUAUGCUGCAAUUCGCGAAUUGGCUGGGAUCCCGAGCACCGAGCGGUCAAAUAGGGCUGCAGCAUAUGCCGCCACAGGCUCCAGAGAUCGAACAAUCAAACUGUGGGACACUCAGACAGGGCAACUCCUCCGUACCCUUCAAGGGCAUGAUAACUGGGUACGAGCCCUGGUGUUCCAUCCAUGCGGGAAGUUCCUGCUCUCGGCAUGUGACGACAAGACGAUCCGCGUAUGGGAAAUCAGCACGGGACGCUGUGUGAAGACCGUUGAAGCGCAUGGGCACUUCGUGAACUGCAUGGCGUGGGGACCCCAAGCACCCGCGGACGCCGCGAAGACGAACGGCGCGUCCGGGUCCGGGAAGACGGAACCGGAGAAGUUCGUGAACGUCGUGGCCACCGGGAGCGUCGACCAGACGAUCAAGGUCUGGCUUCCAUGA